CUACUACUAGCAUGAGGCUGAAGUACUUUGCUCCUGGAUAAAUCUCCAAGGCGCGGCGGCAGGGUGGAAGCCUGCGCCGUCUCUCGGAUCUUCCUUUCAAGCCUAAAUGUUAUCCACGGCUUUACGAAGAAGGUCUGGAAGCAGUGCUUUUUCCUCUCCCAACUCGUCUCAGCACCAUAUAUUGAGGUCAAUUCGUGAAAGCGCUUGCCAAUAUCAUUCAAGCAAGGUGCAACACCCUUUACCUUUCACACCUUCACAUCUAAAAAUCGCUUUUCAAAAGACAGCAAAGCUGCGUUGUGAGCAAUUCCAAACAGCAGGCAAAGGUGCACUCACCACUAAAGCUACAACAGAUUCAGGACCGCUCUUCAUCAUGAUCAGUCCCAUUGAUGAGCCGGGCACCGACAAUGCUGGGAACCCCUAUACCUCAGCAAAAGAGAUGUGGCGCUUGGAGGCUGGGGAAGGCGAUGAGGCAAAAGAGAAGCAGAAGAAGGAGGAGUGGUAUAGAAAUGGCGUGGCAUACUGGGAGAAUGUGGAGGCGUCGGUGGACGGAGUCCUCGGUGGCUAUGGCCACGUCAGCAGCGUUGACAUAGCAGAAAGCGAGGCCUUUCUCAAAGAGACGUACGGGGCACGGCUUGUGGAAACAGGGGACCAGCCACUCAGAGCCUUGGAUUGCGGAGCGGGCGUUGGGCGCAUCUCCAAGAACCUGCUGCUGAAGCACUUCCACAAGGUCGAUCUUCUGGAGCCUGCGCGACACUUCUUGGACGCUGCGCGAGUGAGCCUUUCCGCGGGGCCGAGCGGGGAAGGCGCCGAGGGCACCUCAGGGCAUCGGGCAGUCAACUUCUUUUACCAAGGAGCGCAGGAGUUCACGCCUGAAGCGGGCCGUUAUGACGUCAUCUGGGUGCAGUGGUUCAUCGGGCAUCUGACGGAUCAGGACUUUGUAAACUUCUUCCAGCGGGCGAAAGAUGGUCUCAAGCCGGGGGGCAUCUUCAUCCUGAAAGAGAACACGGCCCACUCGGGUUUCGUGGUCGACAAGGAGGAUCAUAGUAUAACCCGCUCCCACCCGUACUUCUUGGACCUCUUCAAAAGGGCGGGCAUGCAAGUCCACCGAACCAAGUUGCAAAACAGCUUUCCAAAGGAGCUCUUCAAAGUACGGAUGUACGCCGUUUCGCCGGAAGGAGGGCCCCCGCUACCAGCACCUUUACCGAAAAAGCAAUAUAGCACGAGACAAAAAAGCAGAGCAAACCUUCCGGGGCGGAUAAGUUGACGUUUCAAAAGGGAGCGCCUGCGAAGAAUCACGCGAGUCGUCUUGAACUAGGCUGGUCGCUGCAGUAAGUGUUCUCGCGUUGUCGAGGAUGUACACAAAUGCGAGACAAUUUUCAUCGGACGGUUGCUUGCACAUGAGGUUUCAAUCCCGGCCGCUGCCCAUCAUGGCGGUGAGUGAUGAGUGAACGGGCCAACUUCGCUCGAGACGCAGACCAAUUGUGCUUAUUGCGAGGAGAGCUUCAAGAAGAAGCCAGCUUUUCCUUUUGUCUUCAAUGCCUUCAGGGUACCCGGUUGCAGUAGCGUGCACAGAUUUUUCUGCGACAUAUCAGGAUUCUGGACAUGUCCGUUC